CAACCUUUGCAUUCAUCAUCUCGUUUCAGUUUUAAUAUCCAAUUUCCAAUUCGAAACCCUAAAUUUCUCAAUUCUUGUAAUGGCGCCAAAGGGAGAGAAGAAGCCUGCUGAGAAGAAACCCGUCGAAGAGAAGAAGUCUACGGUGGCCGAGAAGGCUCCUGCCGAGAAGAAACCCAAGGCCGGAAAGAAGCUUCCCAAGGAAGCCGGUGCCGCCGCCGGAGACAAGAAGAAGAAGAGAAAUAAGAAGAGUGUGGAGACAUACAAGAUCUACAUCUUCAAAGUUCUGAAGCAGGUUCACCCUGACAUCGGUAUCUCAAGCAAGGCCAUGGGAAUCAUGAACAGCUUCAUCAACGACAUCUUCGAGAAGCUUGCUGCUGAAUCUUCCAGACUUGCAAGGUACAACAAGAAGCCGACAAUAACAUCUAGGGAAAUUCAGACGGCAGUCAGGCUUGUUCUGCCUGGGGAAUUGGCUAAGCAUGCUGUUUCAGAGGGAACCAAAGCUGUGACUAAGUUUACAAGUGCUUGAAUUAUGUAUAAUUUGCUUUGUACUUUGUAAUGGUUAUUCUAAGAUUAUUUCUGUUAGUGUUAGGUCUGAAUUAGUGUGAAACUUUCUUUUAAAUCAAAUGAAUCCUUCUGUGUA